GCCUGCUCCUGGAAUAAACAGACUCAAACUAUGAGGAAAAGAAGUACACGAUGGGGGACGCUCCCGACUAUGACAGAAGCCAGUGGCUGAAUGAAAAAUUCAAGCUGGGCCUGGACUUCCCCCAUCUGCCCUACUUAAUUGGUGGGGCUCACAAUAUCAACCAGAGCAACGCCGUCCUUCGCUACAUUGCUCGCAAGCACAACUUAUGUGGAGAGACAGAAGAGGAGAAGAUUCAUGUGGACAUUUUGGAGAAUCAGGUUAUGGACACCUCCAAUCAACUGGCCAGAGUCUGCCACAGCACUGACUUUGAGAAACUGAAGCCUGAGUACUUGGAGGUCCUUCCUGAAACAAUGAAGCUCUUCUCACAGUUUCUGGGGAAGAGGCCUUGGUUUGCUGGGGACAAGCUCACCUAUGUGGAUUUCCUCGCUUAUGACAUCCUUGACCUGCACCGCAUAUUCGAGCCCAAGUGCCUGGAUGGGUUCCCAAACCUGAAGGACUUCAUCACCCCCUUAGAGGGCCUGAAGAAGAUCUCUGCCUACGUGAAGAUUAGCCAAUGA